UGGGGGGCUCUUUGCAGCCCUGCCCCGGGGCCCCAGGGGCAGGCACCUCCCUGCCCAGCUAUAUGAGGGGCUUCUCUCCCAGCAUCGUCGGCUGGGGGCGGGGGCGACCAGACCCAGGUGAGCCCGCAGAGCUCCAGGCAGACCUCCCACAGGACCCCCAGGCUGAUCAGCCAGAGCCCCAGCACGCUGCCCUGUGCUGGGUGGGCAGUGCGCCACGUGACACAGCGUCACAGUGUGUCACCGAGUGUCACGCAGGCACCUGCUUGUGGGAGUCCAGCGCGCCUUGCCGUGCCCCCGUCCCAGCACGGCCGGAGCCCCUGCCCCAGGGUGGCGGCAGGACACAGACAAGGCAGGUGCCCGGGCUCCGACGGGGGCUGGGGGGCCUCGCGCCUGGGUGAACAUUAACGGGGCGCAGUGCGGAGCCGGUCACGUGUGCGCCCGCGGCUCUUUGACCUGCGGCUGCUCCUGCCCCGUGUGUCCUCCCCACAGGCGCCCCCUCACUCCCCGCACAGAUCUGGGCUCGGGCCUGGGUCUGCCUCCGCCGGAAAUCCAUGCCCAACUCCCUCGCCGGCGGCCACGUCAGCCCUCCCACCCUGGACACCGUUGGCCUGGUGGACCAGAGUCUGGGUGAUGCAGGGACCUCCAGUCUUGCCCCUGUCUUGGAAGAGGGAAACAUGGACCCCUGGGCCCUCCCUCAGCUGAAGGACACUGGCCAGUCCUGGAGAGAGCUCAGUGCCCCCGGCAGACUGCUGCGUGUGCUCCGCGGCUUCCUCAAGGCCUGUGGCCUCCUGGGCGGCCUCUACCUCUUCAUCUGCUCGCUGGACAUCCUGAGCUCCGCCUUCCAGCUGCUGGGCGGCAAAGUGGCUGGAGACAUCUUCAAGGACGACGUGGUGCUAUCCAGCCCCGUGGCCGGACUGGUCAUCGGGGUGUUGGCCACAGUGCUCGUGCAGAGCUCCAGCACGUCGUCCGCCAUCGUGGUCAGCAUGGUGGCCUCCAAGCUGCUGACCGUCAGGGCGUCUGUGCCCAUCAUCAUGGGCGUCAACGUAGGCACGUCCAUCACCAGCACCCUGGUCUCCAUGGCGCAGUCGGGGCACCGAGAUGAGUUUCGGAGGGCCUUCGGUGGCUCGGCCGUGCACAGCAUCUUCAACUGGCUCACGGUGCUGGUGCUGCUGCCGCUGGAGGGCGCCGCGGCGCCGCUGGAGAAACUCAGCGCCCUGGUCCUGGGGGCCGCCAGCAUGCAGGCCCGCGGGCGCGCGCCCGACAUCCUCAAGGUGCUGACGCAGCCGCUCACACACCUCCUUGUGCAGCUGGAUGCAGACGUGAUAGCCAGCAGCGCCGCGGGCAACGCCACCAACAGCAGCCUCAUUAAGCGAUGGUGCGGUACCAGGGCGGACACGGCCCCAGGGAACAGCAGCAACUGUGCAUCAGCCGCCGCCGGCCCCUGCCCUGAGAGGAACGGCUCGGCCCCCGUGGAGCGGCUGCCCUGCUACCACCUGUUCGCAGGCACCGCGCUCACAGACCUGGCCGUGGGCUUCGUCCUGCUGGCCGGCUCCCUGCUCGCUCUGUGCACCUGCCUGGUCCUCCUCGUCAGGCUGCUGAACUCCGUGCUGCACGGCCGGGUGGCCCGGGCCGUGAGGGCAGUCCUCAACGCCGACUUCCCCUUCCCGGUCGGCUGGCUCAGCGGCUACCUGGCCAUCCUGGUGGGCGCCGGCCUGACCUUCGUGCUCCAGAGCAGCAGCGUCUUCACAGCGGCCAUCGUGCCGCUCCUGGGUCGCCCUCAUCCACUUCUUCUUCAACUUGGCUGGCAUCCUGCUGUGGUACGUAGUGCCUGCCCUGCGGCUGCCCCUCCCGCUGGCCAAGCGCUUCGGAGACCUGACCGCCCGCUACCGCUGGGUGGCGGUCGCCUACCUACUGCUCAGCUUCCUGCUGCUGCCCCUGGCUGCCUUCGGGCUCUCCCUGGCGGGGGACACCGUGCUGGCUGCGGUCGGGGGGCCCCUGGUGGCGCUGGUGCUCCUCGUCGUCUUGGUCAACGUUCUGCAGCGGCGACGGUCAGCCUGGCUGCCCCGCCCCCUUCGGUCCUGGGCGUGGCUCCCCCUCGGGCUGCGCUCCCUGGAGCCCUGGGACCGGCUGCUGAGCCGCUGCUUCGCGUCUCCCGCCGCCACCAGGGAGGCCCACUGCUACGAGAACCCCGAGAUCCUGGCCUCCCAGCAGUUGUGAGGGGGGCGCCCUCGCGCCACACUGAGCUCUGGGUUUCCUGGGGGAUCCCAACAGCAGCGGACUUCGGAGGCAGCCGGUUCGCCUUCUUGGCAAAUAAACGAGGCAGUGACCCAGAUGUGGGUGGUCUUUCCUCGCGGACAGGCCUUGCCUGGAGACCCCCGUCCCCCGCGCUGGGGUUGCAGCAGCGCCUCUGCUGCCCCUAGCGGACGCUCGGGGGCGCCAGCGAGCCGCGUGGGAGCGGACCGCCCCGCAGGGGUGGACACACAGGGGACCCCCGCCCCGGCUGCAAUGGUUUCUCUCCGCGGCCGCCGGGGGCAGAAGGCACGAGCGGCGGUCGGGAGCAUUGAGGCUUCCCGAAGUAGAAACCUGGAGUCCGGAGAGGCGGACGCAGCUGGGCCUUUCACGGCGGGCACAGGCAGGGGCGCCGGUUCCCACGCCCCGCCGCCCGGAGGCCGCGCGCGAGGAGGCGGGCGCGGGCAGCCCUUCCGCCGCCCAGCCCCACUGUCGCGGGUCGGCCUGGAGGGCGUCACCCACCCGCGGCGCGGCCUCCCAGCUGGGUUGGCGUGUGGCGCAGUGAGAGGGGGACCGGGUGGCCCCGAGGCGCCUCGUCUCCCGGAUCCCGAUUCUGCCUUUUUCUCUCUCCAGGAGGGGUGGGGCGCGGGGCUGCCCGCCGGGCCCGCAGGGAACAAGAGCUGUCGCACGUUUUCCGGGCGCCCGGGACCGCCUUGCGGGCCGCCAGGGCCGCUCAGCCCGGGAGACCUACCAGGAAGCGGGUGCUGCCCCAACCCCGGGCGCCGCCCGCACCUGGAGCCGGCGCUCGAGGGGAGCAAAGACCUCCCGCCGGGUGACGAAGCGCGAGGCUGAGCGGCGUCCCCCCACCUGGAGCUGGCACCUGCUC